AUGGAAACGUUCUGGAGUGGAUACUUUGGUCUUUGGAAGCCCGAUGACAUGUCAAUUAGGUUCCGGGGACGUGGCCAUGAGAAGUGGGAGCUCACGACGUAUGGUACAGCGGCGGUCUCCCUUGACGAAAGCGCUAUCGGGGUUUUGCGCUUUGUGGGGGACCGGAAAAGCGUUUUGGAAAUCUUCGAAGGCGCAUAUGACGUCCAUUUACAUGUCCAACGACAGGGGUCAGUUGAGGAUCUUUACAAGUCAGUCCACGAUGCAUUCUAUGAGAAGGCAACAGACCUCGCAGCUUGGGCUCCAAGGUAA